AUGAAUAGAGGCAGAGGAGGAUUUAGGGGCGGCAGCCGUGGAGGUGGUGGUUUUGGUGGAAGAACUUUUCAGCCACAAGGGCCACCAGAUACAGUUUUAGAGAUGGGUUCCUUUAUGCAAGCGUGCGAGGGAGAUAUUGUGUGUCGUUCCACAAAUGUUAAAAUACCAUACUUCAAUGCGCCUAUAUAUUUGGAAAACAAGACGCAGGUGGGAAAAGUAGACGAGAUACUAGGACCUUUGAAUGAAGUGUUUUUCACAAUAAAACCAUCGGAGGGUGUCAAGGCAGAGUCAUUCAAGGACGGAGACAAAUUUUUUAUUGGACCUGACAAACUAUUACCUUUGGAAAGGUUUUUGCCCAAACCACCUUCAGUGGGACCAAAACCAAAGAGGAAGCCAGGCACUGCUGGUGGUGGUGGUGGAAGAGGCGGUCGUGGUGGAGGCAGAGGCGGAAGCAGAGGUGGCUUUUCAAGCAGAGGUGGUCGUGGUGGAGGAAUGGGCCGUGGUGGAGGAGGUGGUGGAGGCAGGGGUGGCUUUUCAAGUAGAGGUGGUGGUGGCCGCGGUGGUGGUCGUGGGGGAGGAUUUUCUGGUAGAGGUGGAAUUUCAAAACCCGGUAGAGGUGGAAAUAGAGGAGGCAGAGGUCGCUUUUAA